AAGACCAUAACUUUAUAGGGAUAACAAAUUCUUUCAUCUUUCUUCCUAGCCAACAUGGUUCAUAUUAAUCCAUUGAACGUGCUCUUCGCUCUUGGCUUAACGGUUGUUCAUGCUACGCAGUUUUGGCACAACACCGGAACGAAGGCCGGAUGGGACACCUUUACACACGAACACAAAGGCACCGUCGAUGAAGUGACAGACCAGGUUUACAAGGGUCCUACGGCUCUUCGAAUGACACAAAUCCAUGAUCCGGGCUACAAUGGCCGGUAUCACUCUGAAGCUGUCAAGUAUAAUGUUUACCGCAAAGGCGACACUGGGUUUUACGGGUUUGCCUUCCGACUCCAGGAUGGCUGGCAGUUCAACCCGGCCCAGGGUUACAAUAUCGCCCAGUUUAUUGCCGAUUUCUCGGAUCUGAAGUGUGGCGAGGAUUAUAUGCCCAGUACUAUGGUCUGGAUCGACGGCGACCAGCUCGGAACCAGGGUCAAAUACGGCAACGUAUGCCCGACGAACCAGCAAAAGAUCAAGGAAUUCAAAAAGCUAAAAACGGUAACCGCGGGGGUAUGGCACCGCGUCGAGAUCCAAGCUAGCUGGAAGAGCGACAACACCGGGUUCUUCAAACUGUGGUACGACGGAGAGAAAGUAGUCGAAGCCUACAACCUCCCGACAACAGUGGGCGACGGGCGAUAUUUCCAGUUCAGAGUCGGGCUGUACGCCAAUGCUUGGCACGACCACGGCUACGAGGGUACUCAGGGAACUAGGCAGGUCUGGUACGACCAGAUUGCUGCGGGCUCUGCGUUUAAAGACGCGGACCCGAGUGGAUGGGUUGCGAGCACUAGUGGCAUGCGGUUUCAGCCAUCUUCCGAAGAUCUAUAGAUUUGGACAGGGGGUUCGUGUACAUAGUAGUCUAUGCACGACGAAGAUAGGUACCUAGGUAGGUAUGCCGUGUUAGGGGAUGAGCAUGUUCGGAGUCCUACAAACUGUUUAACCCCUGACUUUAGAGAGACGGGUCUGAUUUACAUAUUCUAUAGACGAUAUGUAUCUAAAUAUUAAC